AUUAAGCCCGUGUCCAGCAUUGGGCAGGUGCAGACCUACAUGGACCACUACUGCAACAACACAACCAACAAGCGCAUUCUCUUGAUGUUUCUCAACAUCUGCUGUGAACUGCACAAGCUUUGCCAACGGCUGGAGUCCCUGCACCCUGGAAACGCCACCACCAACGCCAUCUUGGAGAAAUGCAAGAUGUACGUCAGCCACAGCAACGACCUCAGUGGCCUCCGGGCUAAAUACCCUCACGACGUGGUGAACCAUCUCAGCUGCGACGAAGCCCGGAACCAUUACGGCGGGGUAGUCAGCCUCAUCCCCAUCGUCCUGGACUGCAUGAAGGAGUGGGUGGCUCACACGGAGAAGCUUCCCCGGAACAUGCUGCAGAGCGUGAGUGCCCGCAAAGCGGCCAUCCUCCAGCAGAUAAACUUGCCAACCCGGAUCAAGAAGGGCUUUGACCUCUCAGGCCGGCCCACUUUCGUCACCGAGGCUUGCCAGACCAAGCUCAGCUUGGUGGACAGGGCUCAGAAGCGGGAGAAUAGGCGGGCGGCUAAAAUAAAACAGAUGGGUGGCCUUGGGCAAGCCAUUCAAAAAUUCCUCGACGGUCCCUGGAAACCGCCUGGUAAAAAUGCUUUCUGA